CUUGUUGCUACUGCUAACAGUCUCUAAAGAGAAAAGCUCAAGCCCAGAUCUGCACCUGCCAUCGCUAUGAGAGGAAAAGGACUGCUUUCUGAGUUUUUGCUUUUCCUUAUCUUUUUGAAAGAAGUGUCUGGAUUAAAGAUUCGGAACAAGCUUCUGGGUAAAUGCCUGCAGGUGCAAGAAGGAGCAACAGGAGGUCAGGCGUCACUUGGAGAGUGCAGCCCAGACUUGCCUGUCCAGGAAUGGCGCUGGCUCCCAAAAGUCCAGGCGCUCAGCAGCCUCCACACCGGAGAAUGUCUGACUGCACCGAGGGAGGAGUAUGAAGGCGUUGUUUUGCAGCCCUGCAUUUUCAAAGAUGGAGCUGGUGGCGAGGAUGUGGAAAGAGAGGUGCGAGGUCAGGCUUGGACUUGCACAAAGAAAGGCUACAUAACUCUGAUAGAGAACAGGCUUCAUUUGAGUGCUACAAAAGAAUCCACUCUGGUUUUUCUGCUGAGGGAACAUAAACAGCAGGGCAGCAAGUGGCGAGCUCUCCAUAACCAAACGUUGUGCAACGGGAGAGACGCUGAAGAAAACCCAAACCAACCUUAUCAUCACGUGGAGGGGAAAAAAACAAACAUUUCUGAAAGCCCUUUAUCAGAAAGACACAUGCAGGUGAAAACAUAUGAAGGUAUUUUGGACUCCAAACAGACAGAAGCUUAUUCUGUAAAGGAUGUGAUGAUUCCUUCUUCUUUAAUCACCAAAUCUCCUGCAGAUCCCACUAUGGUUUUUUUCACUAUGGAUUAUGGAAUGGGAUGGAAGAUAACCAUGUUGGUGUUGAGCUCCUUGGCUCUGGUCCUAGGAACUAUAAUUCUCAUUCUCAAUGUGUACUCCAACAGGAGGAGAAAAGUGGUUUGUGUCUUGAAGUCGUACACUCCCACACCAGAGAUGAGCAUUCCUGGAUCGCCAGCACCCAAUGAAAGAGCCGCCCUGACCGAGCAUGCCAUGCACUUUCCACAGUCCUCGCCAAGCGUGCCACGGGGGGAGAUCCUGAUAGAGUGGAAGGACGGCACUGUCACGCCACUAUAUGAGGCCUGAAAGCUUCCACCGCUGAUGUGGAUUGAGAGCUUGGUUGUUUUUCUGACAGCGACUCUGGUGCAGAGUUAGGUUUGUUAUUCACUGGUUCUGUUUGAAUGGGAGCAUAUUGUGACGGGAUAGUUACCAAGACAAAAAAAAGCAAUCUACUCCGAGUGUGUUGCUGGCAAACUUUUCAAGGUGAUCUGUAGAUUGUUUUACAAUCUACAGCAGUACACAUGUAGGGCUCACAUAGAAGAAUGUCUUCGAGGCUGAACUGCCUGAGGAAGAUGAAAAGCAUUGUGUAGUUGUCAUACAUUUGAGCUAAACACUAAAAUACAGGCUAAGGAUAAAAACAUAGUUAGGAUGACUAACUGGAAAAUUGCAAUUGCAAAAAUAAUGAUUUAGGGUAAUAUAUGCCUACCUAUAAAUUUAGUUAAUUUUAGUUUCUUAUAAAAUCAUAUUCAUGAUGCUGACAUGUACUGUUUCUGUAAAAGAUGACGUUGUCUUUUAUGUGUCAAGGCAUAAUAAAAAUGAUCAAGUCUUUGCCAGGCUCAAAACAUGUUUAAAUCUACAGAUCUGUAGAAAGGAAGGAAGGAAAAUGGAAAAUCUGUGUGUGCUAUUCCAACUACACCCCUGCUAUCUUAUAAGGAAAGUCCCAGUCACGUUUUCCAAAUCAACUACAUUUUAUGAACUGAAUGUGGGCAAGUAUGAACAGCAGAGGAUUUGAUUUUUCUGGAGGAUAUUCAUGUACUUUCCAGAUUGGAGAAGAGAAGUAGAUGAUUUAAGAGAAAUUGUUAAUUAAAUGGGUUGCUUCCAAGAUAUUUCAAGUUGAUUUACAGAUGGGAAACUUUCCAGAGAGUCAUGCAAUAGCCAUACAAAAAAGGCCAUAGAAAGGUUAGGUUAAAUUUUACCUGUUUGAGUUGGCAUGAUGCAAAAAUUUAAAUGCUUAUUUAAAAUGAUUUUUUAGAAGAAAGUCUUUUUUUCUUUUUUUUUUUAAAAAAUGAAGUGCGGCACAACAUAGAUUUUGCAAAGAAGCCUCUGAAUUAAACGCGUUCUCUGUCUUUUGUUAAACUAGAUAUGUUUAACUUUACUGCAAAACAACAUCUUUAAGAAAAGAAUCUGCCUGAGGAAGAGCAGAAAAUUAGCACAAAUUUUUAAGUACCCAGUAAGGUGGUGGAGGGUGACAUUUUGAAGUCAUUAUUCUGCCACAAGAUCCUGGCGCCUUCCAUUCAUUGAGUCAUUUAUGAAUUAUGCUGUAAACUUGGAGUCUUGGAAGACUUUCUAAUUUCCUACAGUCAAAUUUUUUUUUGUCUGACAAGUAAAGCUUGACCAGACAGGAUAAUGAAACAUGACAACACAGCGGUAAAUCUACAAGAGUGGCUGAAAAAGAAAAUAAUUGAGGUUCAGUCGAAGUUCAGAAAAUGCUUUGGUAGGGCCUUAGAUGGCUGUGCAGAGAUUGAUGUCUGCAAACCUUAAUAAGCUGAA